GUAUAUCACUAGUAUAGCAUUGAACAUUUUCAAAGAAUCUUAAAAUCCUCGUAAUUCCUUCUCGGAAUUCUUGAGAACGGUUUGCCAAUUUGCCGUCACUUGGUAUCAAAAAUAACAAAAGAAAGGGUUGAAUGGAAAAUUAUACCGAAAAGUUCUUUUAUUCGCUGUUUGCCUUUUGAGGUGAUUUAUUUUUUCUUUUAUUUUUUUAUUCGAAAAUUUCCUAAAAUUGCCUCGGCAUUUGCCGGGGCCCCUGGCGACUAGUUGCGGCCCUGGGCCCCGGCAGGAGCAGCGGCAACACAACACCGGCACCGGCAGCGCCCGGCAGUAGCUCCGUAGUUUUUGCUCCGCCCUCUUCGCAUGAAAAUGAUUGUUCUGGCCUAAGGCGGGCCGGUGAGCCAGCACUUUAUCUGUUAUCGACGUCCGAGUGACAGACCACGGUCGCUCUGGGAAAAAUCUACGGCCAUUUGCGACGCCCCCGAUGGAACGGGCGCCAGCGUGAGCGUCACCUGCUGACGCGAGCGGUAAACAUCGACUGCGACUAUAUACCGGGGGUCGGACAGUGACACCUUGCGGCAUCCUAGAGACACGUGGGGUACCCCCUUCGCGUCACGUUCGACGGCUUCGUAUCGUCGCCAUUUUUAUACGAUUUUUCAUCCGCUCCUGGGGUCCACGAAACCAACUCUUAUAAUAUUUAAACGCGAUUUUCGAUACCGACAGUGACGCGUGGUGUUUCAAGUUAAUUGUUCGCGUUAACAUUGAAUUAACAAAGUGAGGAGCUGUGUGGUGGUAAACAAGCCUCUUUACUCGGACAGCGUGGGAAAUUUCAUGGAAAGGGGUCUUCGAGGGGGCAUACCGCCCGGAGAGACUCGGACUGCCGGGCCUGUUCAGAAACUCGACUGAGGCCCAGACGGCCUCGGAGGACCCGAAGGAGCCGAAAGAAAAUGCGCGCAAGGAAGGAAUGAUAGGAUGCAAGAGGGCAGCACGGCCGUGGCGCUAGCGAUGGUGACUCCUGGUUACGAUCAGGACCCUGCCAGCGGGGUAGCCGACUACGCGACCCACCAGGAUCAGGCUCAGUUCGAGGCCGACAAGCGAGCGGUCUACAAGCAUCCCCUGUUCCCGCUGCUGGCGUUGCUCUUCGAAAGAUGCGAGCAAGCCACCCAGAGCUCCGACAAUUCGACCGCCGAAAGCUUCAACAUGGAUAUACAGGCUUUCGUCCAGCACCAAGAAAGAGACCGAAAGCCCUUCCUAAUCAAUGACCCAGAGAUUGACGGCUUGAUGAUCAAGGCCAUACAGGUGUUGCGGAUCCAUCUGCUCGAGUUGGAGAAGGUGCAGGAGCUCUGCAAGGACUUUUGCAACAGGUACAUCACGUGCCUGAAGGGGAAGAUGCAGAGCGAAAAUCUCCUGCGCAGCGACUACAGUCACCAGGGCCACGACAUGGGUCCGUCGAGCGGCAGCAAUGGCAGCAGUCCGUUGCAGGUGCUGUCAUCUACAGGCAAUGAUGUUGAGUCGGGAGCUAACGGACUCAGACUGAGAGGAGAUUUGCUGUCGGAGAACGGCGGUGCAAAUCAGGCGGCCGUGCAGGGAGAAUGCGGCGCCGACCGUCCAUCCUCCACUCGGUCUUCCGGCACCCAGCGCUCGGCUAGAUCGAGUAGCCAGGACCAGGACGAGCCGUCGUCGCCGUCCGCGGUGCACGGGAGCACUCCGCUUUCUCAGAUCGGGGCUCAUCCUUGUGCAUCGGUUAACGACAUGUAUCUCGCACAAGAUGAUAUGGAUGGAGUGAAUACUAUGGACAGAAUUUAUUUAGAAGAAGCUGGAUUCUGGGGACUUCUCGCGUUGCAGGAGCGCGAGAACGAAUAUGUGGACGUUGGAGAUGCUAACGAUGAAAAGUAUUUCGAUAUUACUGUUGCAGGCUCUCCUUCCCCAGCUCCGAGUGAAGAAGACGACGAUGGAUGUGGCACUGCCUCUUCUGGACAUGGCGGUGGCCACACAGGAGUUAGAAAGGGCAGACAAAAAAGAGGUGUCCUGCCUAAACAAGCCACUAGCAUUAUGCGUGCUUGGCUUUUUCAACAUUUAGUCCAUCCAUACCCCACAGAGGAUGAGAAGCGACAGAUCGCAAGCCAAACAAACUUAACCCUACUCCAGGUGAACAAUUGGUUCAUAAACGCUCGGCGGCGCAUACUGCAGCCGAUGCUGGACGGCGCCGGUGCCGAAGCAAUACCACGGGCCGGGAAGCGGCAUAAAGUGACGAAACACGUCGUCCAGCAACAGCAACAGCUGCAGCAGCAGCAGGCGGGCUGGCAGUCGGAAGAUUCCGGGAGUGAUUCAGGUUCCAGCGACGGUGAAGGGGGUGCCGACAGGUCCAAGGACGGCAACGACAGCGACGAGGAGGAUCUUCACUGACCUCUGUCGGUCGGCUGGACAACUACGACCACCGUCAUCGCGGCACCUCCACCCCCAGUUGCUCAUUACAGUAUUAAGGCAUUCGAGGUUAGAUUUCGCUUUAACUGUCAGAUACGUAAUUAUUAUCGCGAAAGUCAGGGAUACGCGGGUAGAGGUUAUCACGCUCUACGCCCCGUCGGUCUGUACUUCUCCGCUUGUUCGUGCUAGCUCGAAAGAAUAAGGGAAAAAUUAGUUGGGGGACGACGAGGCUCCUCGAUACGUUGGACAUUGUAAAUAGGUCUUCGUGACGGUACGGCCGCGGUGUCAGAGCGGAAUCGCGUCCGAGACGCGGACGGAUUUGGCAAGAACGGUGGGGUAGCAAGACACUCGGGGAUCACGAUGAUUUGCCGGGUAGAGGGGGAAAUUUGAGAGCGAGCUCCUUGUAUACGUAACAUUAUCGAGAGAGAGGCUGUUCAUAUUUUCCAGAGGAUCUAGUUACGUUUCGACAUGGAUACCAAUUUGUACAUUGUUGAUUUCACGGUGGAUGAUAGUCCUAUUGAUGAGGUUUAUGCAAUUCGGAGUUACGGUCGCUACGUUUUCAGGAAAUAAACGGGAUUUGUGUGUGUAAUGUUUAUCGCUGGCUGUUUCUUUCUGUUGACGUUGUUCGCUCGACGAUGCUCGAUCUCAGAACGGUAUGACUCGUAAAGGGUCUCCUCGUGGAAUGGAAGUCGAUUCGCGCGAAUCGGGUGGUUCCCCCUCCUUAACCGUACUAGGGAAUAUACGAGUACCGUGAAGGCGUAGAAGUUGAUUUCUUGGUUAAUUUUAUUUUUUUUAUAGGUAUUUUCGAAGGAGAAAUUCUUACAGAGUUUGAACAUACGAGGGUCGUUCCGCGAUGUGAACACGUUCUCCGUGGUAUUUCCAUUGUCUUGUCGGUGAAGACCGCGACGACCUGGAAGUACGGUUAAUUUUAGAUGAUUUACUUCGCAAAAUGAAGACAUAUUUUUCUUAAACGAUGGAAGAACUGGAAUGAUAUCAAAUACGUAAUGUCAAGAGUGAAUCGUACAAAACGUGUUUCCAAUAUUGCAAGGCUGUUGGGUAGUUAACGGAUCAAAUGGUACACUUUCUCCAAUUAUAAUUUUCAGUAAAUUCUUAAGACCUUGACUGAAAACUAUUAACUAUACGGAUAAACUGGUAGGCACGGUACGAUACGUUAUCAUUUUCCCCGAUACCUCUUAUUUCGUUAGUGAUUCGCCGUUAUCAAAAGUUAAAUUAAGUAUGGUCAAACGAAGCCAAUUCACUAAGUCAGAUCGAAAGCAAUAUAUCCCGGUAUUCGCAUAUUUAUAUUUCAUACUUUUUAAAAUAAUUAAUAUUCCUUACGAAUCCUGACAGUUAUUUGUUAGUUUCCCAUCGGAAGGUAUUGCGUCUUCGCGGAUUAAUUUAAACAUUUUUCUGGAGUCAUUUCCUGUGAUCUGUAGAUCACUAUGAUCCUCGCUUUGAAUUGCUUGUUGCCAUUACAUGAUUAAGCGUUAUCGAUUGCUCAUUUCUAUUGAUCCUCUUAAGAGGGAUCGAACCCGUAUGGCACUAAUGCCCACGAUGAUGAUGUCAUGCCAGUAAAUAAAUACAUUAAACCAUUAAAUGUUUUUUUUUUUUUCGUAAAUCUGAUCCUUUUGAUUGUGCCAUUAAAAGGAGCGUGGUAACUUCCACGCGUAGUCUUUGUUCAACUCUGCAUCGUCGUGACGUAGCAAAGUGCUGUCCCUCCAAGAUAAUAAUAGUAAUGUAAUGUAAUACUACUUAAAUUAAAGUAUAUAAUGAUUAUAUUUUUAAACUCUAAGUGUCGUCUCUGUGCAUGUACCACAGCUCGCGGGCUGGUACUGCUGUACAUAUAACACACGGAACUGUUACUAAAUAAUAAUAAAACGAAAAAGUGAAUGAUCA